GGUAAACUGUCAUGUCCGCUGUUACCUUUGGCAUGCAAAAAAUGCCUUACUCAUUACAGUAGUAAAUGUGAUUAUAGUCGUUUAAACAGUAUGCUGUUGACAUAUUGUUGAAAGGGAUUAGUGUGUCUCUUACAUAUAAUCAUUUUAUGAGCGGCGAGUCGUUGUUCGAUAGAAAUCCCGUACUGGAUUGCUGUGGAGGCUUGAAUAACGUGGAUUACAGUCAGGUCAGGUAGACAUGUCUAAGCUGACAGUCCUGAUGGGGUUAAUAGACGUGACAGAGCCCAAGUUCUGUGUAGCUGUCAUUGCUAUUAUUUUCAACCCAUUCUUCUGGAAUGUGAUUGCCAGAUGGGAACACAGGACACGAGGUCUGACACGACUGUUCGGUGGUCCGAAGACAGCCUGUUAUUCCCUCGGCAUUCUCAUCCUGCUCCUAAAUGUUUACCGUAGUCACAGUAUUACUGUUGCCAUGAAGGGACAACCACGCUGGGAGGCAUUGGAUAAUGCAGUGGUGUACUAUGCAGGAGCAGCUCUUAUGGCUAUAGGUUCUUUGUUUGUUAUCAGCAGUUUCCUGGCCUUGGGAUUUAGUGGCACCUUCCUGGGGGACUACUUUGACAUUCUUAUGGAUCAGAAGGUAACCGGGUUUCCUUUCAACGUGAUGGACAACCCCAUGUACUGGGGCAGCACUGCUAACUACCUGAGCCUGGCUUUAAUGAAUGCCAGUCCUGUAGGGGUGGUCCUGACUGCAGUGGUUGGUUUGUCAUACAGGAUAGCUAUCGCAUACGAGGGACCAUUCACAGAGGAGAUCUAUCGGCAGAGGAGCCAACGGUGCAAGCACAAAUAGAAGGAAGCGUGUUUGUCCAAGCAUGUCACAUGAGGUCUGCUGACACUGCUACAUCUUGGACUGUCAUGUGGAGAAGAGUGAAGGGAAACGGGGGAUGCCCAUGAACUUUGGAUUGUAUACACUGGUGUAGCUUUUUGAAACUGAACUGUGACACCCAGAGCAGGUUGUCUUAUUGGAGCUUAAUGAUGAAGGAAUAUGUUAAAAGCACAGCUGAUAAUUGCACAUAAAAAUUAUUCACAGACAUUUUACCACAAAAUGUUUCCUUUUUAAAUGGUAGGGAGAUUUUUAUGUCAGUCUCAAAUCAUUUACUUUUCCCUCAUCUGUCCAUUAUAUGCUCAUUUUGACAUAACUGUAACGAUACAGUUUUUUUCUCAAUUCAUUCCUAGUGUAUAUCCAAGCUUAAAUCAGCUCUUUUAUGUUCCAUUUGAUGUUAUGUGAAGAGACUGAAUGAUACAUGCUUUGGUUUCUUUUUCUUGAGUAUGUACAGUUGGAGUACUAUGUCCUUUGUUUGUUACCAAAGGUAAAAUAAAUGGAUGCAUCCUCAUCUUCAGUUA